AUGUUGAAAAAAAUUAAUUAUUAUGAUCAUGAAUUAUCAAUUCGUAGUGCAAUAUGUGCUCGAUUAGAUUCGCCAUAUCUUUAUUUAAGAAAAUUUGUUAUUCUUUUGGAAUUUUCGGGUUCAGGUUAUGUUUGGAUUCCUUAUUCAAUAAUUAUGAUUGCACUUCAUUAUACAACAAUACAUGAAGCAAUGCAAUAUAUUUUACUUUUUACAGGUUUCAUGCUUGAUAUCGCUAUUAUUGGUACAACUAAAUUUUUUGUACGUCGUCCAAGACCAAUUGUUAAUCAUAAUGAUGUUCUAGCAAUUGGACCUGAUAAAUUUUCAUUUCCCAGUGGUCAUACAUCACGAGCUGUAUUUCUACUUUUUUAUUUUAUUCAAACAUCAUUUUUUAAACAUUUACCAUCUCCGUUUAUUAUUAUUUGGUUAAGUCUUGUUGUAGCUUCUCGUCUUGUAUUAGGACGUCAUUAUAUAUCAGAUGUUAUAGCCGUUCGAACAAAUUGUCAAAAUGAAACAUCAGAAACAGCAUUUGUUUAUCGACGUGUUUGUUAUUUUGCUAAUUGGGCAGCAAAACGACAUGAUAAUAUAAGUCGUUUAACUCCCGAAGAUAUUGAUCCAUUUUUAUGUACACAUAUUAAUUUUGCUUUUGGUAAAGUACUUGAAAGUUUAACAAUAGCACCUUAUGAAGAAGAUGAUUUAAAAGGAUGGACUGCAAGUUCGAAAGGCAUGUAUGAACGUAUAUUACAAUUAAAAGAAGUUAAUCCUGAUCUACGAGUUUUAUUGAGUAUUGGAGGAUGGACACAUGCAUCUCGUGGAUUUAAUGAUGUAUCAAAAAGUGCUAACAAUAUAAAAACUUUUGCAAAAAAUAGUAUGAAGUUUCUACGUGAUAAUAAAUUCGAUGGAUUAGAUUUAGAUUGGGAAUAUCCAGGUGCAAAAGAUCAAGGUGCAGAAUCACAUUCGAAAACUGGAUAUACAAAAUUAGUAAAAAAAUUAAGUCGUGUAUUUCAACAAGAAGCUAAAGAAACAGGAAAAGAAAAAUUAUUAUUAACAUGUGCUACAGCUGCUGCACGACAUCGAAUUGAAGCUGGUUAUGAAGUUGAAGAAGUUUGCAAAUAUUUUGAUUUUGUAUCUGUAAUGACUUAUGAUUAUCAUGGUAGUUGGGAUGGUAAAACUGGACAUAACAGCCCAUUGUAUGGAAUGCAUAAAGAAAGAAAAAAAUAUCGUGAAUGGAAUAUAAAUAGUUCAAUGGAAGUAUGGGUUGAAUUAGGUUGUCCACGAGAAAAACUUAAUAUUGGCCUAUCUGCAUAUGGAAGAGCUUUUUCAUUAUUUGGAGAAACUGGUAUGGGAAAUGGAAAAUUAAUUAUAAAGAAAAAAUCAUCAAUUGGAGUAAAAGCAAGUGCUGCUGAAGCCGGAAAAUAUACAAGAGAAGCAGGAGUUCUUGCUUAUUAUGAAAUAUGUGAAUUACUUGCAAAAAAUCCAAGUAAUCGUGUAUUUUGGCAUCGUGAAAUGAGUGUUCCAUAUGUAUCCAGUAAAUCAUUAUGGAUUGGUUUUGAUAAUGUUCGAAGUGUUACAUUAAAAAUGCAAUUUUUAAAAGAACAUGGUUAUGGUGGAGUAAUUAUAUGGUCAUUUGAUCUUGAUGAUAAAAUAGGUGACAUAUGUAAUGAAGGUCCAUUUCCAUUAUUUAAUGCAGCUAAACGUGAAUUAUUAAUUUUACCCGAUCAUUUAGCUAAUAUGAAUAAAAAAUGUCUUGAUGAUAAUUCAACAUUUUCAAUUGAUUAUCUUCAUUCUCAAUCGUUAUUAACAACAAUGAGUGAAAUAAAUAAUCGUAAUAAUGAUUAUAUUAAAGUUGAACUUGUUACAAAAUUAUUGAAACAUUUUCUACCAGAUGAUAAAUCAACACGUUUAUCAAGUGAUAUGGUUAAAUUAUUUACAGAAUUAAUAUUUACAUUUAUAAAUCAAGCAUUUAUACGUACAAUUCAUCAAGCAUCAUCAGAAGGAACAAUUCAAGUUGAUAUUCAACAUUUAGAAAAAAUUCUUAUGCAAUUAUUACUUGAUUUUUGA